CGCUGUGCAGAUAAUCGUUUGUUUAGCUUGGCCUUUCUGUGGCUCUCAGUCUCGCUGUGUAUUCAUGGGGUGUGCCGGAUAGAGCUCAGGGUAACUAUGAGCGUUAGAAGGCACGCUGCCGCCGACAGUGAUUCCAGUAAUCAGUGUCGUCGGCAGAAUUCCAAUCUGACGUCCAGUGUGGAGGAGUUGCCUCGGGCUCAGGAGAGGGAGGUGGCCCAUUGCCAAGAAGAUUCGCCAGUUGCCCCACUUCGCGCCCAACUUGCUCUCGAGUACCGCCUGCAGAGCCUCUGCCAGCGCCUGUUGGAGUCGUACAAGGACCAGCAGGACUGGGCAGCCGUGGGACAAGUGGCGCAGAGCCUGGUGACCAACACACAGAGAGUCUCGCUACUCAAGGAGCGCCUGUUGAGCGGGAGCUUCUCUAUUUUGGACCACUCACGCCGCGGGUUGAAGAGCAUAGCAGAGCUGCCCUGUGCCGAUACCCCGGACGGCCGGACGCUUUUGUCUCUUAUUUCAGAAGCCGACGGUGACGACGAAGGGACCGAGGAGGCCGUAGACGCCGGUACAGGGAGCGGGAGCGAGAGCAGCAGCGCCGGGAAGGCUUUUGAGACCCCGACCCACGUGUCCUUGCGAUCACCCGCAGCAGCUGCGUCUGCUGAGACUACAGAAAGCGACUCUAGCGGAGGUGCGAGUAGCGCCGUAGACUACGAGACAGCCUCCCAGCAGACCUCCACGUCUUCGGAGGUCGAGCCAGACACGAGCACGACCGGCCUCGAGAGCUCUGAGACCAGGUCCAGAGCAGGCUCGGAGCCCUCCCUGAUCCAGCUCAGUAGUGGUGCCAGCAACACCCCCUCGCCGGAGCAUCUCUCCAGUUGUAGUAGUGGUGGUGAUAUCGAGUGUUCCACGCCUCCAAUAGGCACACCACAAGACCUCCCACCGCUUUUGGAGGAACCUCCCUCUCCCUCAGACACUGACUCUAUAGCUGAGGCUGAGCCACAGAGCCAGGGAGAGGAAGGAGAGGGGGAUCCAGGGGAAGAAAGAGAGUCCACGUGUGGGGAAUCUGUUAUGGAAACUCUGAAGCCUAAAGCAGGAGGAGGUGUGGGAAGUGGAGUGGUGGAAGAAACGGUUGCAGCAGAGACUAACUACGUCGAGAUGCAUCCUGGUGUGAAGACAACGGAGGGGGCGGUGAUUGCCGGAGAGGGAGGAGGGGAGGAGGAGAGGAGUGGGACACAUGGGGACAGUAGUGACAGUGGCGUGGAGGGAACUGUAUUUCAUGCUGACCUCAGUGCUGACCUAACUCCCUGUGGUGGAAGAUCUCACUCUGACAGUUGUCCUCUGGACUCUGGCCUACCUAAAGACCACAGCACACCUCACUCCACCUCCAUUCAUAGUGACAGCCUGAGUCCCCCACCACGGCUCAUGUCUCUCUCUGGGAGCGACUCCAAACUGAACGUCAGCUACUCCAGUGUCGGCUACCAUUUCCACAGUGACCAUGAGACAGUGGAAGAGUCUGUACGAGGUGGCCGUGCCAUCGCGAUGGAACACUCCUCCUCCACAGACAAUAUCGACGUCUCCCUCCCCGUCAGCUCCUCCGCCAACCGCAGGAGGCAGGCCUCCAUCCCAAACUUUGUCUCGCGACAGACAAAAGGACUCCGCAAGUCCACACGGAAGCUGGUGAAGAGGAUGGGGAGCAUCACGAUUCGUCGCGGUCCCCGGGGCUCGCUGGAUACGGCGGGGGUGCCGGUUACCAUCCCGUCUCCCAUCCGUGGGCAGGACUGGGACCCCACUUGUCUCCUGGAGGAACUAUACGCAGACUUUCGCCGCGUUGCCCGCUCCUCGUCCAGUAGCGUAGAUAAUGCCCGCCACAGUGGGUACAUGGAGAAGCUCCCCGUCGCCCAGACCAAGAAGACACUCCUGAAGGGGUACAAGCGACGCUACUUCCGUGCCAUCGAAGGCAACCUGUACUACUACGAGGACCGGCUCUCCGAGAGGGCUCUGGGGUUCCUGAAGCUGGAGGACUGCAAGCUGGUGCUCAUCCCGGAGAAGCUGCAUCUGUGUAUGACUCAGAGCAAUGGAACCACACUCGUCAUGAAGGCUCCGAACCACGUGGAGCUCUCAGAUUGGCACCGGGCGCUCCAGCUAGAGUCCGUUCACCCUACUGCCCUCACAGUUGGCUCAAUGAUGGAGGAGAACCCCCUCAUUAUAGUGGAUAUCGGGGCAUGCUCAGUGCGGGUUGGGCUGGCUGGAGAGGACACCUACCCAGAGCUGUUUUUGCCAUCAGUAAGCAGUGUGGAUACCACUACUGGGGAAUGCAAUGACUGCGGAAUGGCGGCAUUACUACCAGAGAACAGAAUUGGAGCCAAGCUGGUCUACCCGCGACGAGGGACGCUCCAGAUGUCUCGCAACAGCACGGCAGCCAACCAGGCGAUAGUGGACAUUGUGGACACUGUACUGAACCACUAUAACCUCGAGUCGCACCAGUGUGGCAUCCUCAUGACAGUCCCUCCCACCAUCCCCGAGCAGGAGCGAUCGGAGCUGGCCGAGGCUCUCAUGGGCACCGUAUUUCAGUUCCAGAGCGUCCUCUUCCAAGAACAAGCCCUCCUCUCCCUCUACUCCUACAAUACCACUACCGGCAUAGUGGUGGAUAUAGGAGACCACAUCGAUAUAGUCCCCGUGAUUGACGGCUAUGCCAUUGAGGGUGGGAUACAUCGACUCCCGUUUGGAGGCAACGCCAUCACAGAGUACCUCACAAAACUACUCACGGCAAAGGGUAUCCGAUAUUUCUCUGAGACUGAGACCUACAUCAACAGAUUCGUCAAGGAAGAUGCGUGCUUCGUGUCGCUCGACUACGUGAAGGACUGCGAGGCAUGCGAGAGCAGCCCGGCACUCUUCUCUCAUCAGAUCAACGUCGAUCGAUUCCAGCUGCCCGACCAUCGGAAGGCCAUCGUGAUAGACGACGCUCGGUUCAAGGCCACGGAGGGUCUCUUUACCCCGGGACUGUGGGGGAAGGAUGUGACAGGGCUCCACGACCUGGUCUGGAAAGCCAUCCAGGCCUGUCCCAUCGACCAACGGAGACUCCUCUCUCAGAAACAUCUAUCUCAGCGGCGGCACUUCCCUCCUCCCCGGACUCAAGGAGAGGUUAAAAGCAGAGAUUUCGGCUCUCGCUCCGAGCGGGAACACGGUCGAGAUCCACGCUAGUGAAAACUGUCAGCAUGCCGCAUUCCUCGGUGGCGCAGUGCUCGCUGGGCUGUCUUCUUUCUCUGACUCUGUUGUCACGCAGGACGAGUGGAACUCAAAGGGUGCCGAUGCCCUAACAAAAUGGUGUAGCUAACACACUGUGUUCUUGUUAUGUUGUUGUAUACAAUUUUGUGUGCUGCUCUGUUUGUGCUGUACAAUAACCGCCCCCUUACUCUGAUAAUACGCGCGAUGUGGACUAUUUAUUUUGCCGCUUGUCUGACCUUGGAUGGAACUGAUGAUCGUAGCUAGUCGGUCGUGUGUAAGUAGGGCUAGCGUGGCAGGAGUUCUCUCUCUAUAGCUCUACCGUGGGCGACGCCGGAAGUGAAUUCAUAGCGUGUCCUCGUUGGGAAGUCGCUCAGCCGUACAGGAAGAGCUGCGCGCGGCACUUCGCAGCUAGCUAGAACUGUACUUACAUAGGUGUAGGAUUUAUAAUCCUCCGUUGUGCAAAUUAGACUCGGUGGCUCAGAGCUCAUAAAUGGCUCUCUUCAGACCGAUCCGGCGAAUGCUGUCUCCCCGAGAGGGCCGCGGCCACGAGGAAACGGCGCCGGAUACCCCCGUCGCCUCCUCCCGUGCUAGACUCAGCACCGGAGACUCGGAAAGUGUCGUGGAGAACGCUAUCUACAGCGAGCCGACCCCGCUAGACCGCGUGGAGCCCCAGCGCCACAGCCAUCAUCGAAUCAGCGGCGGUGAGGAUCCUCCUCUACCCCCCAGACCUCUGUCCGGUGGCGGCGCAGGCGGCGCUCAGCAGAAUUCGGAGGAACACGAGACGUACUACCAGGCCCCCGUGGACACCCUGGGCCGCGGUGUGGGUCUGGAUCCACAGGCGGCGAUGCAGCAGCAAAGAAUGACUUCUAUUCGCGAGAGAGAGCGUGCAGCAGCGGAGCGAGAGAGGAGGCGGAUGAACAUGCACGAGAGGACCUUGAACCAGAUCCAGGGAGCCGGUGGCUACCCAGUACACCUCCAAGGUAGGGUGGGAGGACUGGGACAUCGCAGAACUCGCUCAGGAGGUCACAUCAUUGACAAUGAAGAGUACAGCACGCCGUGGGACGUACAGGGGGAACAGCGACGACGUGCCUCGGGGCACAAUCCACCCAAACCAGCCCGCAACAGGAGACCAAUCCCCGCCACCCCUAACGAUGGGAGCGAUAACGUAAUUCCCCAUCUCACCCACCUCCAUUCUCUCUGCUCACGAGCGGUCCCAGUCUGUUUCGCCCGUCCCACCCCGUAGCCCCGUCCAGGUGUCAGGAGAUGCCGAAUACGACGACCCGUGGGACGUGAGGAAUCGGAACAUCAGUCAGGUCAUCCCAAGCCAGCGUCACCACACCCACUCCUCCCUCCACGAACGCCGCUCCCCGCCCUCUGCCGGAGACCACCGCCCGCCCAUGCGACAGUCUGUCGGCUCCAGGACCACAGAACACUCGAGACCCCACCUCGAAGAAGUCCGACCGUCCCGCUCCCUCUCGGACUGGAAUCACCCCCGCGGUGUUCCGACGGAGCCCCCGGAACAGUUCCGACCGCGAACCAUCACCGACGUCCACCCGCCGCACUCCCUGAGCCACUCCAACCCCAGCUCCCCGAGGACGAGCUCAAUGUGUGCACCGACGCACCCCAUCCAACGAAGACCCCUGCCCGAGGAGCCCCCGGGGGGAGGCACUGGAGCUGCGACGACACCCACCUCGUGUCUGCACCUCCCUCGGUCUCCAACUCUACCCGCGCCGAACCCUCCGUCCUCUUUGACAGCCAGCUGGCUCUCGAGGAACAACUGUGGUACCAUGGGGCCAUCACCAGAGCAGAGGCAGAGGCAGUUCUGGCCAGCAAACGAGACUUUAGUUUCCUGGUCAGGAACAGCGAGAGUUGUCGCACAGACUACUCUCUCUCUAUCAGAGAUCGCUCCAGUGGAUUCAUUCACCUGAGAAUAGUCUACGAGAGGAGUGGCUACGUGUUGGGCCAGUUCAGCAGCCACUUUCAGACUGUGCCCGAGUGCAUCUUCUUCUACACUCAGCAGAGGCUCAACAUUAGGGGAACUGACCACAAAAAACUGCGAUACCCAGUGCCCAGGGAUCACUAUAAACCGUGACAUGCGGUGGCUCCUGGAGCUACACAACGUCAUAGUGUGCAUUAUUUGAGAAUUGUUCUGUACCUUAUCUACUACAGUAUAUACUGUACAUGAAUCACCCUCCGUGUAUUGCAAAUGAUGUGUGUGUGUGUGUCUGUCUGUGUGUGUGUAGGUAUGGUACAUGGAGUACAUAGCCUUGAUACUGUGUACUAUGUAUGUGUACAUCUCACCUGUAUGUAUGUCUAGAACAUUGUGUGUGAAACCAAUAUUGUCUACCACCCUCAAUUAUGCAGGUUAAUGAAAUAUGAAUAACAUCAGUGAAAAAUUAUUCAAAAUCGGUCUGUGAAUCCUACUGA